UUCUACACAGCUUAAAAGAUACUCCCAUAGCUUUUGCAAUUCCCUCUAAUAAAAAGAGAAAACCACAAAGCGGUGUAAGUUGUAACUGUAAUUAGAGAGAGGGUUGGAUCAUGGGGGUGACAAAGGAGCAGGUUGAAUCUUCUCUAAUGGCAAAGCUAAACCCUUCUCAUCUGGAAGUGAUUGAUACAUCUGGGGGAUGUGGUGCAAAAUUCUCAAUUGUCAUUGUGACUGAACAAUUUGAAGGCAAAAGAUUGCUGGAUAGGCACCGACUGGUUAAUGGUGCACUGGCUGAGGAGAUGAAGGAAAUCCAUGCUCUCUCUAUUACAAAAGCUCUAACUCCAGAGCAGUGGAAUCAACAGCAGGAAUCUGAAAAGUCUCAAGCAACUGCUUAAAAUAUGAUAUAUGAUCAUCUUCGUUGCCCAAAUGCUUGAUGAAUAUAGCACAAUACUCUUCUCCUUAUCUGAUGAGGGGUAACUGUUAUAGGAGGUUAAGAAAACUGUCUUAUAUCAUGUGUUGGUCAAACUUUCUAGAGUUGAGACCGUGAUACUUUAACUAUAUAUUGAAUAAUGCAGUAGCUGGUCAAACUUUCUAGAGUUGAGACCGUGAUACUUUAACUAUAUAUUGAAUAAUGCAGUAGCUUUGGGAUUCAAUCAA